ACAGGUUUUGCGGGUGUACGCUGAAAUCCCUGUUUACUUCUAACAAGCUGUCAAGUCAGGCUUAAGGGGCCCCCGUGUCGAAGGGGGGAGCAGAGAAGGGGAGAAACGAGAAGAAAAGAGGAGAACAAGGUGGCUAGAAGGGCAGAUUAUUGACCUGGAACAGAAAGUCAACUACCGGAAAAUGACAUUUACAAGGAACCAGGGGUGAUUUUUCUUUGCAAACGGUGAAACCUAAAAUGCAAAGUGAGUCGGCAGGGCGGCCAAUCGCAGGCCGCGGAUCUAUUGCGUCAGGGCCGUCGGGAGCCUAUCGGGUGUCACCACGAUAGUAGAAAAAGAUCGCAGACGCAACCCAUCUUGUUCAACAGUUGAGAAUUGCCGGGGAUCGGACGAAAAGGGGGAACCUCGGGGUUUCUACUGAGUUUAAUAAGGAAAGCCGGUCAUUUCUGAUUUUUCCGACAGCGCCGGUACGAUAUCACAAAAUGGUGGUGGUAGCAGCUGGGACCGGAGGAGCCCACAAAGUGCUCCUGAUAUCGGGGAAGCAGACCGGCUCCUCGAGCGGCUCGCAGACGGGCUUCAGCCGGCCCAUAUCCGUCGUUCUACCGUCAGCGGCCAGCCAGGUGUCGUCGGAUUCAGACUCCAACACCUCCGCGGGGCCGCCGGUACGGAAAAGACAGAGGCUCACGCACUUGAGUCCGGAGGAGAAAGCACUUCGCAGGAAACUCAAGAACAGAGUCGCAGCUCAAACAGCCAGAGACAGGAAAAAGGCCAAAAUGGGGGAACUGGAACAGCAAGUAUUGGAGCUGGAGCUGGAGAACCAGAAACUUCACAUAGAAAACAGGGUGCUCCGGGAAAAGACAAGCGGCCUACUGACAGAAAAUGAGGAACUGAGACAGAGACUUGGGUUGGACACCCUUGACUCAAAAGAGAAGGUUCAGGUGCUGUUUUCCACUGGGAAUGAAGCAGGUUUGGGGAUCGGGUCUUCUGAGCGCAGCACUCAGGCUACGUGUGCCUCCGCAGCAGGUGCAGGCCCAGCAGUCCCUAAAUCUGAAGACUUCUCAAUGGAUACAGAUGGUCCUGACACUACAGACAAUGAGUCUGAUUUGCUACUGGGCAUUCUGGACAUCCUUGACCCAGAGCUGUUCCUCAAGUCUUGUGAACAGGAGUGCCAGGAGCCGCAGGUGCUGCUCGUUGGAGGGGGGGACCCAGUACCUACCACCACACCUGCGCCUCUGGGGGCCCCAUCAGUUAAGCUGGAAGCCCUUAAUGAACUGAUCCACUUUGACCACAUCUACACGAAGCCCGUGGAGGAGUUGAGCAGUGGGCAGUGCAACGACUCGGAGAGCGACACAGAGGAGAAGAUAGACGAGGCCACCUUCCCCAUUACCGAGGUGGUGGUUGAGGAGGAGACGGUCUGCAUCAAAGAUGAGCCAGAGGAAGUGGUCAUCCCCAGCUGUAAUGGUCACAGUCAGGUGGAUGACUUUUUCUCUGCAGACUCCUCCCCUGCCCUCAGUGGCCUGGAUAAGGAAGCCUGCCUGGCGGACACCUACAGCGACUCCGGAUACGAAGGGUCCCCUUCCCCUUUCAGCGACAUGUCCUCUCCCCUGUGCUCUGAGAGCUCCUGGGACGACAUGUUUGCUAACGAACUCUUCCCCCAGCUUAUCAGUGUCUGAAUCCAACCCCCUCAGCCCAAUAAGUUAUGAUAUAUCUAGCUAAUGUGUAGUGUUCAAUAACUACAGUCAAGCCAAAAAUGCUUCAGAGUAACAUAGAACACCAUUGAACCCGCUCGUAUAAAGGCUAAAGUUAAGCACAUAAUCUCCUUUUUUAUUAUUACAGCAGGUCUGUACCACUGGCGAUGCUGCAUUGACUUGUGGGAGACGGAGUUCAUAACAGCUUAGUUUAGCUUCCCUUAAUUACUGCAGAGGAUCUAAGAUUGACUACAAAUCUUUCACUCGCCGUUCAAGAUGAGAUGUGGGUGGAAUCCAGUAUUCUGUAAAUUUACAAGGGGGAUGGGGACCGAUCAUUUAAAUAUGAUAUUUUAUUUAUUUGUGUACUCAGCUUCGGAGUCAUUGUAUGUUCGCAUGUAAAAACGCUAUCUUCUAAUUUGUUUGCCGCUCUCUAUGUAGUCUUAUUACUGCAUUAAAAAAAUUUUUUGCAUUGCA